AUGGAAUAUGGCAAUCGAGAUGGGAUCUCUGCAGGUGAACACACAAUAAGCCAUGGAUCUCAAAAGCCAUAUCGGUGUACUACAUCUGGCAAGGCAUUUGCCUACAGCGAUCAAUUAAAGAAUCAUCAUAAGGCUCAUACUGGAGAAAAGCCUUUCAUGUGUUCUAUGUGUGGAAAGGAUUUUACAGCAAAACAUAGUCUCACUGCCCAUCAGCGAAUCCAUACUGCUGAGAAACCACACCAAUGUACUACAUGUGGAAAGUCAUUUCGCCAUAGCUGUAGUUUAAAUGUUCACCAGAGAAGCCACACUGCAGAAAAACCUUACCAGUGUUUAACGUGUGGAAAGGGAUUUGCAGAAAACUGUCAUCUCAAUGCACACCAGAGAACACAUACUGGAGAAAAGCCAUAUGAGUGCACGGCAUGUGGAAAGGCAUUUGCUGAGGUCAGUAACUUAAGGAGUCACCAGAAAAUUCAUACGGGAGAAAAGCCCUUUCUAUGUACUAUAUGUGGAAAGGUGUUUGCCUUGAACGGUCAAUUAAAGAGUCACCAGAAAACCCAUACCGGAGAAAAGCCUUACAAGUGUACUACAUGUGGAAAGAGCUUUGCCUUAAACUGCACACUCAUUAGACACCGGAGAACACAUACUGGAGAAAAGCCUUACCAGUGUACUACGUGUGGAAAGGCAUUUGCUCAGGUCGGUCCUUUAAAUAAUCAUCAGAGGAUCCAUACAGGUGAGAAGCCUUAUCUGUGUAUUACAUGUGGAAAAGCAUUUGCAGAAAGCAGCACACUCGUUAAACAUCAGAGAACACAUACUGGAGAAAAGCCUUACCAGUGCACUACUUGUGGAAAGGCAUUUGCACGGGUCGCUCUUUUAAAGAUUCACCAGAGAACCCAUACAGGUGAAAAGCCUUAUUUGUGUACUACAUGUGGAAAGGCAUUUGCACAAAACACAACACUCAUUACACACCAGAGAACACACACUGGAGAAAAGCCUUAG